CCGGCUCUGCUGGGAGGGGCAAGGCUGCCACUUGCCGCUGCGCCCAGAGCCCGAGAGCCGCUUGGAAAACUUGGCCCGCGCAGCGCAGGGUCGCUUGCGCUCUGGUGUGGACGCAGGACAGCCGGACCUCCCGCCAUGGGCUGUUUUGAGUGCUGUAUUAAAUGCCUGGGAGGCAUUCCCUAUGCCUCUCUUAUUGCCACCAUCCUGCUCUAUGCUGGUGUUGCCCUGUUCUGUGGCUGUGGUCAUGAAGCACUUUCUGGAACUGUCAACAUUCUGCAGACCUACUUCGAGAUGGCAAGGACUGCUGGAGAUACACUGGACGUGUUUACCAUGAUCGACAUCUUUAAGUAUGUGAUCUAUGGCAUCGCAGCUGCCUUCUUUGUGUAUGGCAUUUUGCUGAUGGUGGAAGGUUUCUUCACCACUGGUGCCAUCAAAGAUCUCUAUGGAGAUUUCAAAAUCACCACCUGUGGCAGAUGCGUGAGCGCCUGGUUUAUUAUGCUGACAUACCUGUUCAUGCUGGCCUGGCUGGGAGUGACGGCUUUCACCUCCCUGCCAGUGUACAUGUACUUCAAUCUGUGGACCAUCUGCCGAAAUACCACCUUAGUGGAGGGGGCGAAUCUCUGCUUGGAUCUCCGUCAGUUUGGGAUUGUGACAAUUGGAGAAGAAAAGAAAAUUUGUACUGUCUCUGAGAAUUUCCUGAGGAUGUGUGAAUCCACUGAGCUGAACAUGACCUUCCACUUGUUUAUUGUGGCACUUGCUGGAGCUGGGGCGGCAGUUAUUGCUAUGGUUCACUACCUUAUGGUUCUGUCUGCCAAUUGGGCAUAUGUGAAAGAUGCCUGCCGGAUGCAGAAGUAUGAGGACAUCAAGUCAAAGGAGGAGCAAGAGCUUCAUGACAUCCACUCUACUCGCUCCAAAGAGCGGCUCAACGCAUACACAUAAAUAAAACCUUCCCAUCCUUCUACCAUCCAGAUGCAUUGGUGUUUAACUAAGGGCCAUCCAACCAUCCAACCUUUUGAAAAGUAAAAUAAAAGUGCUUCUCAUCAAUGAUAUAGAGGGUGACUUAUGAAUCACCUGACUACAAUUCUUUGUUGUUUAGCACUUAAUUUCCUAAUUUGUAAAAUUGGUGUAAUCAGAUAUCUUCUACAAGCUCCUAUCUAGUCUUUUUCUUUUCUAAAUUUCUCAAACUCAUUUAAUAAUUCUGUAAGAUCAAUGAUACUAACAUUGUCAAAUGCAGAGAUUAAUUUGAUUUUUAACCACUUCUCAUGUGUGUUAUACAUAACACCUUUUGCAUUAUUUCUUAUGUUUUGAAAAGAAAAACAGCUUUUUAUACUUUUUAGUUUUGAUUUCGGUAACUAGUUUAACUACAGGUAGCCUUCAAAGGGACCAUUGUACAUUAUGAACAAUAGACAGAGAUGAUAUCAUGAUGACUCUUCUUGAAAUAUGGAAAUCUUGUGUGAAGAUCAGCGGCCCCAUUACUAUAGGCCGUAGUUCAUGUUUUCAUCCAUCUAAGGUGCAAUUUCUAAAUUUGUAAGAGUAGGUUAAAAAAAAGUGCUUCUUAUCUUUGUUAACAUUGUAUUUUUUCUUGAUGUAUCGAAGAGGUAUUUCCCUCUGAUUCCUCAUGUUUAUGUUGUGAGCAUGUAGAAACAGUAAUGCUAAUGCAUGGCUAGUUGCCUUUUUAAGAUUGUGACACCGGGCUUACCUUUUAAAGUUUAGUAUAGAGAGAAUUUUAAUGGAAAUAACUACUGUAGACUAUCGGAAAAUGAUCUCUUCGUGAUUUAAGCAGUGGCUGGACUGGAACUUUUAAUAUGCUAAUGUGGAACAUUAAUUACCUUUAUGAAGGUGGAAUAUGAAAAAUAAGCACACUAACCCCUCAGAAGUUGUUUUACCUACUUUAAAAAGUUUUAAUGGAUUGCACCUCUGUAAACUAUCCCUCAAAUGUGUAUUAUAUAUUUGAAAAGGCUUCCAUUAAUAUAAUAGCUUUGCUUGCAGCCUUCCAAUCUAUGUUGGUUUACCUGUAGUGUUUUUUAAAGUGUGGUCAGAGGCCACUAUACAAUGUAUCCUUUCGAAGUGUAGUGGUAUAUCUGUGUUUUUAUUUCUAGUAAGUCAUUUUAACCAAAUGUUCAUUCAUAUUCAUUUACAAGAAGUACCUAUAUCAAAGGAAUAAAAAAAAGCAAUCAGUAUUAUUGGACCAAAUUUGGUGUUUGUUUUAACCUGACUCUUCUUUUGAUUAUUUCUAAUGCUACAAGAAUGCUGUAAAGUGUCUUUUAAAAUGAUGUCACCUGACAAGACAUUUUUGUCAGUGUAUAAAAACUAGGUAGUAUUGUGCACUGAUUUGACCAUUGUGAAAUCUUUUCUCAGUGUAAGUGCAUUUCUAAUAAAAUUUAUUGAGUGAAACAAUCUUUGUACAACGACUAGUCAUGCAUCAUCCAUAAUUUUACAAGUUCUUGUAGUAUGUAGGGAUAUUACUAGGGUUCUCUGUGGCAUGAUAAUGCAUCUGUAGUAUUAUUUAAUUAAUUUGGGGUUUUGCUUUUUUUUAGAUUAUCUUACUGGGUCAACAUUUUUCUGAUAUAUGCAGUAUUACAUAUAUUCAGCAAAAGUAUUAAUGGGCUUCUUUAAAUUCUAUAUGAUAGUGUUUCAGUUCUGUGUCUUAACAGUUUGUGAUGAUUUUUAAAACUGUCUUUUAAACUUAUGUAAUGAUGUUGACGCUUUUGCCUUUUUUUUUUCUGGUAUUAGAGUUUGUAUUUUCACAAAAGAGUGCUUUGUAGCAGGCAUUACAAAUAAUCUGUUUUGUACAUAAAUGUGCCAACAGCUUGAUGGUGGCGUUUUUGAAAUGUAGAACAAAGUGCUUGCAAACUGUAAUAAAUAUACUUGUGUACUUUGUGUACUUAUUAUUAG